AUGGAUGGUUCUACUCGAUUAACUAGGCAUAAACCAAGACUUCAGGGACGUAUUUAUGAGGUUAGAUUGGAUUACCCAGAUGAGUUUAUAAUCUCAAUUUCAGGUUUCUUCACCGGUGGUAUCAACUCGCUCACAUUUCGAACCAAUAAAAGAAUAUGGGGACCGAUUGGUAGGGAGGAAGGGGAUUACUUCUCCUUACCAUCGGAAGCUGGCAAAGUUGUCGGCUUCUUCGGGAGGAGUGGUGAACAUCUUGAAGCAAUGGGAGCAUAUUUUGAAUCAGUCUCACUUCUCUACCCAAUUAAAUCAAUUGGGCCAUUCGGAGGUCUCGGUGGAUGUGAUUGGGACGAUGGGACAUUCAGUGGUGUGAGGGAAAUUGAGGUAAUUUAUGACUCUGUUAUCAAUGGCAUUAAGUUUGUGUACGACAAGAGUGGUGAACAAGUAUGCUCAGUUACGCACGGCUCCAAAGCCAAGGGCAACAGGGUUAUAUUGGAUUAUCCACGGGAGUACUUGACAUCGAUCUCUGGUUACAAGCGAGCGGAUGGUCACAAUAAUAAUGGUAUCAUUCAAUCGCUCACUUUUCACAGUAAUAGAGGAAUACACGGUCCCUUUGGCAAGGAGAAGGGGGAGUACUUUUGGAAUCCAUCGACUGGAAGCAAAAUCAUCGGCUUUUAUGGAAGAUGCAGCGAGACUCUCAAUUCCAUAGGAGUGUAUGCGGAGGCCAUACCGCACCUGUAUCCUUUCAAAACCAUUGGACCCUUUGGAGGCUCUGGUGGGACUCCAUGGGAUGAUGGAGUGCAUACUGAUGUGAGAGGAUUUCAGAUCAUUUAUUUCCAUAAAAUUUACGCCAUCGAGAUUGCAUACGAUGACAAUGGUUCCUUAGUUACACGCUCUCAACAUGGCGGAGAAAAGUACAGUUUUUUAAGCCGCAAGGUCAUGCUGGAUUAUCCCAAGGAACGUCUGGUUUCGAUAUCGGGUUACCAGAACGGAAAUGAAAACAGUCCUGACACUAUCAUCAGCAACCUGAAAAUACGUACCACGAAGACCACUUACGGGCCGUUCGGAUUGAGAUCAUGGUUAAAGGAUGAAAGGGAAUUUCAUAUCCCGUCGGCAUCAGGUGAUGGCAAGAUCGUUGGCUUCUUCGGAAGGGCGGGAUCACAUCUUAAUUCUAUUGGAGCGCGCUUGGAAGCAUAUUAG